AUGUUUCACCCGGCGUCUGCUUUCUCCUGCGCCCGGGAGCUGCCUCCACUGCCUCAGAUCCCCUUGAAGAAGCAAAUUCAGCUCCACGGGUUCCUGUUGAACAACAGAGGACAUCCCGCUGGUCUGCAGAGCAGGGCGCAGCUGGGUCCAGAGCUUGAAGGCCAACCAGGGGCCGCCAAGCUAACCCCAUCCAAAGGCGCCGCUGGGUCGCUGAGCAUCUGUUGGGGGGACCACUGUCAGAAGGAUGGACUGGGGACCACAGGUCAUCCGGGUUCCAGGUGGGCAGCUGGGACACCUAACUGCAGAGAGUUUUGUUGCACGCGAAGGACCAUAGCAGCCACAGUUGAGCAAGGGUCAACCCUGAUUGCAGAUGGGUGA